CUUUAUUCUUGUCUUUGUGAGGGUUUUGGUUGGAGAGGCUGGUUUGAGUACUGAACUUAGCGGUAUUAAAUUAGGGACCGACAUAGCAGAUGCCACAUCCGCCUCCUGAACGUCAGACCUCCUCCCUAGCGACUACGCUGGAGCUUGCGCUCAAACCGGAGAUACUAGAGGACAGGAGCCUUUGGAAUCUGGGUAAUGACCUGCCAUGCUAUCAUCGACUAGUUCACCCCAUUGUCCAAGGUCACCAUGUCCUCGCCCAAGGCCCAUUCCCUCUCAAACGGAUAUACCUCAUGGUCUCAAUCCUCCAACGGAUCAAUACAGCUACUUCGUCUGACCUUCCGUCCCAAUGCCAAGCUCUGAUCGUGAGCCCCACGUUUGAAUUGGCAUGGACGGUGAAGGGCAUCGCCCGAACGAUGGCAUCAGCAAUGCCGUCGGUGAAAGUCUAUUGCUGUCCUAGAGGGUUCCACGAUGCCCACGACAAGAUUGUCGAGCUUCAAGGGUCGGAGACGGGGCGGGUCCCCGAUAUAGUCGUAGGGACACCUGGUAUGAUCUGGCAGUGUAUCAUUCGUGGAUGGUUGAAGACUGAUGCAAUCGCAAUGCUCGUCUUUGAGGGGAUGGAUGAUAUUUUAGAUCGCGGAUACGAUGAGUCUGUUCUACUAGGGAUCUUUCAGAUGGUCGCACGCGGCAACACACAAGUCGUGGUGCAAGCCGAUAGCUUGCACAUGUGGAGAAGGAUUUGGAAGCUGGUGGGCGAUUUUAUGCCUUCUCCCGUGCGGGUAUGGGAUAUUUAGGGCUGUCAUGGAAGCUACCUUCGUCUUUUCUGUACAUGUUUUUGCUAUAUGAUCCGUAUGUUACCCUACAUCUGUGGCAUACGUUCGAUUCAUUGCUGGUGCUGCAGCGUUCCGGUCGGGUGGGAGGGAAAUAAUAUGGCCCGGCCCGAGGUUACGAUUUUAAUUCUAGUCGAAAUCACUGCAUUUAGCCGCACCGGCAAUCUUCC